AUGGAGAAGCAAACCACCAUCGCCUCUUCUUGUCUCUUCCUUUUAUACAUCACCACUUUUACGGUGGCAGAAGUUCUUGAAGCUCAUCAUCACCUUCAUCAGCACAACAUUCAUGGCUCUGUGAAACUUUUCGUCUUCGGGGACUCAUAUGUUGAUACUGGGAAUAUCAGAAAAUCUGUGUCUCCUUCAUGGAAGGAACCUUAUGGGAUAACUUUUCCGGGAAAGCCCGCCGGCCGGGGUUCGGGCGGUCGUGGCCCCCCCCGUUUUUUAGCUUCCUUUUUGGGCAUAAGAUCUCCGGUGCCUUACGCAUUGAGAAAAUUUGUGAAGAAAUCCAAACUAGAGUCUGGGAUGAACUUUGCAUUUGGAGGCACAGGUGUUUUCGAUACAUUGGUCAGUGGACCGAACUUGACCACCCAAAUCGACUUUUUCGAACAACUGCUUCAACAAAAGGUCUAUGCCAAAAACGACGUCGUUAAAUCGUCCAUUGCUCUCGUAUCAGUUGCGGGGAACGACUAUGCUGCUCAUUUUGGUAGACCAGGCAACGACACAAAG